AUGAAGGUCUCCGCCGUUCUGUCUUUCGCUUCCCUCGCCGCCGCCCUCCCCGGCUCGCGCACUACUAAGUCCUCCAACGCCCCCUUCGGUGUCACCGCCGCCCACUCCGGCUCCGACAUCCACUUCCUGCCCUUGACUGCCUCCGGCGGCCACUUCUGGCUCGGUGGCAAGUCGCAGACCUACUGCCCCUCCUCCGUCGGGGCUAGCUGCGGAAAGCAGGACGAUGCCAUCAUCUACGGUGGUAACGCCCUGGACGUCAUCGUUCCCGGCGGCCAGCAGAUCUACGUCGAUGGCUCCGGUGCUUUGAGCUUCACUGUCCCCCACUCGGGAUAUAUCCCCGCUGGCUCUUCCACCGGACCCUUCAAGUACACCCCCGGCUCUUCUUUCGGCACCUGGACCUACUCUGGUCAGGGCGCCUCUGGCUUCAUGGCCUGCCCUGUUCCUCAAGCUCCUUCGUCCUCUUCCGCUACUCCCUCGGCUACUGCCACCCCUCUGACCGCUGGCCGUCGCUCUGCUCAGCCCUCCCAGUGGCAGGUGUACGCUGCUCUGCAGAAUGCUACUGUUCCCUCCGGUCAGGUCUCUGACUGCCUUGGCUUCGAUGCUCUUGCCAUGGGCCUGAACGUCACCUCUGACCAACUCGCCUGGGAGUACAUCUAA